AUGGAGAUUGCCGGGAAAGAGAUACCCUUAUGGGCACUUGUCGUAGCAGGCGUGGUCGCUGCGCUCAUCCUCAUUGCGCUGCUCUGCAUUUGCUGCCGCUGCUUCAAGUCUUCCAAAGGCUGCUGCAAAGGCUGCUACAACGUGUUCUGCUGCGGCGGCUGCUGCUGCCCCUGGAAGCGCCAUCGACGGGUCGUCGCGACAGAUGACGCGGAUGGCGGCGCGAAGGCGACUCCAUCGAACAGCCUCGGCGUCAAGUACGGCAGCGGCUAUAACUCCGCCGCGCCUUACGUCGCCGCUGGCGUGACGGCGAUUACCAUUCCGCCCGACGUCGGCGCUCCGCAACUGGCGCUGAAAUCUCCGCACGCUGGCGCAAAGUUUUGGCGCAAGGUGCUGCGGUCGCCGGGGUUUAAAGACAUGGCGCGGAAGAGAGCCGCGCAGCAGCGGAGCAUGUCGUUUCAGCAGUUCGACCUGCUACAGUUAACUCGCGCUACAAGGAACUUCAGUAAGCAGAACUUUAUCGGAAAAGGAAGCACGUCCGAGGUUUACCGAGGCGCGGGGCCCAACGGAGCGCAGUGGGCGGUUAAGAGAUCCGUUUGGCGGCAAGGGGGCGGGGAUGGCCCCAUGCUGACGUUUCGCCCGGCAAACCCGGCGGCUUAUGCGGAGCUAGAAGCGGAUUUCAUCUUCAGCGCGAAGUCUAUGGCGGUACUAUGCCAUCAGAAUGUGAUUCAACUGCUGGGUUACUGUUUCGAGUGCGGCGAGAGGGUGCUUAUAUACGAGUUCGUGGGCGGUCCGAGUUUGGAGUCGAUGAUUUUCGGGAACACCGACGUGUGGAAAGAGAAAAUUACGAUGUGGAGAAGGGGUUCGCGAAACGCUCGCGCGCUCAUGGACCUCGGGGUUGUCGCGGAGGGCGAGGAGGAAGGAAUACCGUUCGAUUUCCUGCACAGGCUGCUGAUCGCCGUUGAUAUUGCCGAGGCGGUCGCGUACCUGCACACGGAGUUCCCUAGGCCGUAUUUACUAGAGGGGUUGCAUCCGAAAAACAUUUUUUUCGACACGAACGGCGUUCCCAAGGUGGGCAACAUCGGGCGGAUGAAAGUUUUGAUGUCCCGAAACAUCACUGGCGGCGCGAGCAUGCUGGGCGGGUUACCACACGCGCCGACGCUCGCAACCAGUGGUUACAUCGACCCCAGUUUCAACAUAACUAGGAAAUCGUCGCCGCCCAAUGACGUGUACGCGUUUGGCGUUAUCCUCCUGCAGAUCUUCACCGGCCGCCCAGCCGUGAUUGAGAACGAGCCUGGCGAAGCUACCGCGAAGCUGGACCUAGGCACGUGGGUCUCGAAGCGCCUUAGGUCGGGAGGAGACGCCGGCAUAGGGAGUAUAGUGGAUCCGCGGCUCGGCACCGCCUACCCUGCUGACGUCAUUCGGAGAGUGUUACAGGUUGGGCUGGACUGUCAGCUUUUCCCCGCUAAGAAACGCCCCGCUAUGAAAAGGGUUGCUGAGCGGCUAUUGGCUAUUCAUGAGGAGUUGGUUAAGGAGGGUGGGGUGGUGGUGGUGGACAUUCCCGAACCUGAGCCCGAGGCCGGGGAAUUCGUGGUUGGGGAGGAGGAAGGGGGGAAGGUGAGUGUAGGAGAGAAGUUGGGGGAGAGGGUGGCGGAGGUUCGUGGGGAGGAGAUGGGGGAGGGGGUGGCAGAGGUUCGUGGGGAAGAGAUGGGGGAGGGGGUGGUGGAGGUUCGUGGGGAGGAGAUGGGGGAGGGGGUGGCGGAGGCUUCUAGAAAGGAGAUGGGAGAGGGGGCGACGGAGGUUAGUGGGGAGGCGAUGGGGGAAGUUACUGGGAAGGUGGAGAGAGAAGGGGGAGGUGAGAAAGAGAGUGAGGAGGGGAUAAGGAAGGAAGACGCAGGGGAGAGGGGCAAUGUGGGAGAUUCGGGUGUGGGGGGGGAUAGCAGCGAAGAAGCGAAAGGGACAACGUGUAGCACGCUCUCACAAGGCAAGGUGUACACUGGAAAGAGAAUAGUACCCGCAGCAGGGAGCAUGGAGCAGGCUGCAUUGUAUUGGUGA